AUGGAGCAUCCGCGGGAACCGAAGAAGCCUCUGUUGGGGAGAAGAUCCAGGUCUCUGGACAGGUCACAUGGCCCCAAGAAGGACUCAGAGUCAUGGGACUGCCAGUGCCUUUCCGUGCCCAUUCUCACCACCCCCUACAGGCGGGUGCUGCACCGGACGGCGAGCGAUGGGACCAGAUGUCCCCAGGGCCCAGCUCAGUCUGUGGAGGCUCAGGGCACCAUGGCCAUAGCCCUCAGCCUGGAGGAGACCAGGGAGUUUCUCCCCAGUGACCAGAGGCCUCCGCAGGACACUAAGAAGGACAAGGCCCAGAGGCGGGGCCAGCAGGGGUGGCUGAAGAUCUUUAUAAACUUCUUUCUGAGGACAGGCCCUGAGGAGCCCAAAGAAAAGGGCAGCCGGAAGGCAAAGGGGAAGGAGGGCCUCCCGAAGCCCGCAGAAUCCCCUGGGGCACCGGGGGACACAGCUCCUAAGAAGAAAGCCCACGACAAGAAGGCCAGCCGCAAGAAACAUGGUCACAAGAAACAUGUUGCUGAGGAAACCAAGGGGGCCCAAGAUCAGGAGGCCGAAGGCCAAGAGACAGGGCUGCCCAAGAUGGCGGUUGCCCCACGCUCCGAGGAGGCUGACCUGGGCCCAGCACCCAGGGGUGGGGAAGGUUCGGAUAUCCACCAGUCCUUGUUCAUUGAGGAUGAGGGUCCUGGAGCGUCGGAGAUUUCUUCUCAAGACACAGGUCACUUGCUGGAAGAGAAGCUCAAAACCCUUGACAAGGAGACCAUCAUCAGCAUGAUAGUGGAGCUUCUCCAAAGAGUGGGAGACCAGUGGGAGGAGGAGCAUCUUCAAGCUCCUCGGCCAGAGGUGGUUCCACAGAACCCAGUGCCAGCCGUCAGGAAGAAAUCCCAAGAGAAGAAGUCUAGCCUCAAGAGAGCCUUUUCUUAUAAGAAACACAGCUCCGAGGAGCCUAAGAGAGUGGGGCCUGCAGAUGUUUCCAGCCCGGAGUCCUGGCCACUCAGGAGGCCCAACUUUCUGCCCCUGUGGGGGGGGGGCCAUCAGCCCUCCGCCUCCAGCAGCCCUGGUUCGGAGGAACCCCAUGUCCAAGAGGCCCUGUCUGCAGACAGCGGGGCUCCAAGUUCCUUCGAGCUUGCCGCCCAAGCAGGAAGCCAGGGACCCGAAGAGGACUUGCAGAUGAACAGAGCUUUGGAAUUCCAAGAAUUCAUCCAGAAGAUCAUUACCCUACUCCAGGAUGCGGAGGCGCAGUGGGGAGAGAAGCAGCUUCAAGUCCAGGAACCGGAGGUGGCUGUAGAAAACCUGUCCCCAUCUUGCAGAAGGAAAUCGCAUGAGAAAAAGUCCAGCUUCAGAAAAGCCUAUUCUCAUAAGAAACGUGGCUCCAAGGAACCGAAGAGAGCGGGGGCUGCAGGUGCCGCCAGCCCGGAGUCCCGGCCGCACAAGAGGCCCAGCUUCCUGCCCAUGUGCAUGGGGGGCCAUCAGCCCUCCACCUCCAGCAGCCUCGAUCUGGACGAUGCUGAGUUCCAGGAGUCCUCGCCUGCAGAAGGGACACCUGUUGGAUCCUCAGAAGCGCCCCCCAAGACCAGGGGCCACAAGCCAGAGGAGGGACUGCAGCCCGAUGAAGUGUUCGAAUCUAAGGAGCUGAUCAUUCAGGGGCUGGUGGAUCUUCUCCAAGAAGUGGAUGACCAGUUGGGGGAGCAGAUCAGGCGACACCCCAGCUUUAAGAGGUUUUUACACAAGCUCUCCGACUCCUCCCUCAGGAAGUUGGCAGCCACCCUGCAGAGCCGGAAGGCCCACCCUGCAGAGCCGGACAGGGACCUCACCAAGGGACCCUACCACUUUGCCUUUGGCCCGUCUAACAAAUUUGCCGGCAACAAUAGCCACGCCGUCCUCAGCCUCAUGGGCCUGUGCUCUGGCCAUAGCCAGCACAGCUAUACCCACCUCCUGUGCCAGGUGGCCCAGCAGAACAUCGCAAGUCUUGAAAUCCAAAGUCCAGAUUAA